AAGAUGAACAAACUUGGAGAGAGGAUGGACUGUCUUGCACAAGGCAUCCGCGAGCAUGUGAGCCUUAGUCCGAAGCUAACGGACACUGUGAAGGGAAAAUUGAGCCUUGGAGCAAAAAUUCUUCAAGUAGGAGGGUUGGAGAAAAUAUUCAAGCAGAAGUUUAGAGUUAAAGAUGAUGAAGAGCUAUUGAAUGUUUCUCAAUGCUAUUUAUCAACGACAGCUGGUCCAAUAGCAGGCCUUCUCUUCAUCUCUACCGAUAAGAUUGCUUUCUGCAGUGAGAGAUCAAUAAAGCUCUUAUCUCCAACUGGAAAGUUGCUUAGAAUCUACUAUAAGGUAUCGAUCCCAAUAAGUAAGACAAUGAAAGCAAAAGAGAGUGAAAAUAGGGAAAAGCCAUCACAGAAGUAUAUAGAAAUAAUUACAGAGGAUGAUUUUGAGUUCUGGUUUAUGGGAUUCCUUAAUCAUCAAAGGACUCUGAGAUAUCUGCACCAGGCAAUUUCAAGUACUUCAAGCAGCUAA